CGCUGACGGACCGAGUCUGACGCCUACCUUGUCUCUAGUUUUAUUUUGCUGCUUGCUUUCUUUGUGUGAUAAGUUUAUUUGUUUAUUUUGUGUGUUCUAAACUAUAAAUAACACUUUUUUGCACAAAUGAAACGCUAGUGCACUGACUCGAAAAUAUUUCGUAUGUGACAUAUCAUUUUUUUAAAAUGUGUCUCAAUAGCAUAGCAUACAGCGGGCACAAUGGAGGAGCAAGCGUGUUUGGUGCGCGCGCGCUCUGAUUCCGAGGGUUCGUCGAAGCUUGGCAGCUUUGGGUCCAUAGCACACACCAUGACAUAUACGGAGGACAGGUUGACAGGUGCAGAAGGCGGCGGUGAGCCUGGCAACACCAGCAACAUAGCUUCCGUACCACCAGACAAUAACGACGCCAAUGAUAGUGGGGAGCUGCUGGACUACAACGACUCAAGUGUUCUAGAGCAGUUCCACGAGGAUGCUUUGAGACAGGCGGGCUGCGGCUUGUCGCAAGCGCGCGUGAUGCUGGCCGUGGGGUUGUCGGUCAUCGGGUCGGCGUUGGAAAUGUCCUCCAUACCGUUUGUGUUGCCAUCCGCCGAGAUUGAAUUAUGCGUGUUGCCGCAUGAGAAAAAUUGGUUGGUGAUGAUCAGCAUAAUGGGCGGGUCGCUGGGCGCGGUGGGGUGGGGCGCGCUCGCCGAGCGGCUCGGGCGGCGGCGCGCGCUGCUGUCCGCGCUCGCGGUCAACGCGGUGUUCGCCGCCAUCGCCGCCUUCAUGCCCACGUAUGGGACGUUCAUGAUGGCCAGAUUCUGUUCAGCAAUCGGAUCCGGCGGCAUAAUACCCACCGGCUACAUCUACUGCAGCGAAAUGAUAUCCCGGAGCCGGCGGAUCCUCGCCCUGGCGAUGUUCCCGGCUUGCAUGGGCAUCGGGAUCCUGAUAGCGGCCGGGUUGGCCCGGGCGAUACUGCCCUUCACCGGGGCGGAGGCACUCAUUGAGAAUAAGGAGCAUUUUAGCGCGUGGCAUCGAUACCUCCUCCUGUGCAUGCUGCCCUUGCUCGCGUCGCUCAUCAGUCUCAUAUGGACGCAGGAGUCCCCGAGAUACCUGCUGGAUGUCGGUCGCGAGGUGGACGCCAUGAUGGUGUAUCAGAGCAUACACAGCGGUAACCAGGUGCGUUUGUGUGGGAAGUCCAAUUUGACGAGUGACUCUGAAUACCGGCUCGGGGAACUGUCUCUACCGGGGAAAAGGAGGCCACCGGCGCUACACCAUGUUAGGCAUAGCGUUAAAAUGUUUUGGCAGACAUUUUUUCAACUAUUCUCAAGUACGUAUAGGAGUACCACGCUGUCCCUUGGUGGGACAUUGAUGUUUUCUAUGGCUAUAUCGUUCUACCUAUCCGCCUACGUGCCGGCGACGGUACAAGAAAUGGAGAACGAAGCGUUCGCGCUGUCAAAGCGGACGGUCGUCAACGUCACAUACGAGAACGAGCACUACAACGCGACACUGGAGAACAUCGACUUCACGGACGUCACGUUCAGGAACGUCACGUUCAGGGACAUGCUGAUGUCGCACGUCGGCUUCUUCAAUUGCUCGUUCGUGAACGUGGCGUUUUCGAACAUUAAAACCUCGUACACGAGCUUCAAGGGGUCCCUGUUCGUGAACACCACGAUGAUAGACACGGACAUGGAGGUGGGUCGCGAGCUGGACGCGGCGUGCGUGCUGGUGGGCAGCUCGGUGCGCGGCGUGCGCGGCGGCUGCGCCUCGCGCGCCGACCUCGCCGGCUCGCUGCGCGCCGCGCUGCACGAGCAGACGUUCGGCGCACACGCAGCCUUGUUGGCGGCUCCGCUGACAGCCACGCCGCUAUGGGCGAGGCCAUUAGUUGUCCUCUGUAGCGCUCUGUUAUUGCUCUCUCCGUCUAUAUACUUCGCGCAGAUAGAGACGGCGCUAUACGUGGUCGAGGCGGCGUAUAGGCUCAUAGUGACGGUGAUUUUCUUCACAAUAAGCAUAAAGGUCGUCGAUGCGUACCCGGCUAACUUGAGGUGCACGGCGCUGGGGCUGGUGCUGGCGGGCGCGUACAUGUGCGGCACCGCGGCGCGCGGCGCGCCCGCCGCCCCGCCGCCCGCCAGCGCCGCGCUCGCCGCCGCCGCCGCCGCCGCCGCGCUCGCCGCGCGCGCCUAG